UUUUUAUACGAUAUCACAGGGAGUUCAGAUUAACAGCAUAUGUUCUUUCAAAACUAAGACCAGUUCAAAAGUUUAGUGAGGUGGGCCCAACUGAAACGUAUUUCAACAUUUUGAGAACACUUUAUUCUUUUCUUCUUUUUUGGAUAUCUUUAUCAUAUUUACACUUUGGUCCUUUUCCAAGUAAUAAAGUCAACUUUGUGGUCACAUUCGACAGAUUUCGACUUGAUCCCUUAAAUAACUUUCAUCCAAGGUUGAAUCAGAAAAUAUUCAAUCUAGAGCUCGGUUCGGCAUGUCAGAAACAACAAAAAUCGAGCCCAGCAGAGAAAAAAGAAACUGCGAACGCGUCAAGAAAGCCCUCCUAUCUGAUUCACCUAUUCUGGUCUUUCUGAAAAAGUCUUUGGGGUAUUUGAAUUCAGACUUUGAUGCUUCGGAUAUUCGAUGUGAACCAUGUGAUGAGAAAACCUCCGGUGGCUUUGUACCUGGAAAAGGCAUUGUACUUUGUGAAAACAGAAUCUAUAGUCAAAAAAUGGCUGAAAACACAAUAGCUCAUGAAAUGAUUCAUUGGUUUGAUGACUGUAGAUUUCAUGUAAAUUGGGAAGAUCUACGCCAUCAUGCAUGCUCUGAAAUUCGCGCUAGUAGCCUCAGCGGUGAAUGCCGAUGGACUAAAGAAUUGUUUUAUGGUAACAUUCACACGUUCAGGAAACAUCAUCAGGAAUGCGUAAAACGCAGAGCAACACUUUCUGUCCAAGGCAACCCAAAGUGCCAAAGCAAAAAUCAAGCAGAAAUGAUUGUUCAAGAAGUAUUCGCCUCGUGUUUCCGGGAUACCAGACCGUUUGAAAAAAUUUACUAGUUCAUUAAAGCGAUGUACAGCUAUCAAUAGUUGAAUAUCUAAACAGUCGUCUUUCGACGUCUCGAGUGAAAAUCCAAUCUUUUCUAUUCGAAACGAAAGAAACACAUUAUUUAUUACCUUUUCUGCUGCCCUCGUUUUAUGGAUAAAUCUUUAUUUUAUUUCAUUAUACUUCCUCUUCCUUCGCUCCCUUCCUUUUCUUUGGCUAGAAUGUUCAAAAUUUAAUAUCAUUUACACCAAGAUUAAUUAUAUAUAAAAGGAAAUACUAGCAUUCAUAGAAAAUAAGUAUCAAAAAUCGUUAUUAAAGUGAAAUAAAUUAAGUGACCAAAGGAGGUUUUGACGAAUGCCGCACAAAAUUACCGAAUCAACCUUUAAGGGGUUUGUUGUUGGUCUCUAUUCAUUGAUCGGAAUUCCAAGACGCUUUAAAUUUGAGUAUCCAAGGAUGCUUGACAACCUGCUCUAAGGAAAUUCGCUGUUCAGGACUAUGUCGCAGCAGACGACUAAUUAAAUCUUUCCCUUCCGGUGAUACAAAGCUAGGGAUUUUCAAAUCCACCUUUGCUAUUCUUCUGUACGUGGCCGAGUGACCAGAUACGUCUUCAAAGGGAGGUGCUCCUACUAUAAAUUCAUAAGUAAGCACUCCCAGGGACCACAAAUCAACCUUCUCAGUGUGUUCCUUGCCUUCCACCAUUUCAGGAGGAAGAUAAUCCAAAGUACCACAUAGGGUUGUCCUGCGAUUGGAAGGUGCAUGUACACUCCAUCCGAAAUCCGAUAGCUUGAUUUCUCCGUCAAUUCCAAGUAGUAUAUUUUCAGGCUUAAU